AAAUUUGUUUCCCGCGUUUUUUUGCCCCCUGAUCUUGGUUUCAACUACCAAGGACGAGACUUAUACUGGUAACUGCAUAUGCUGAGAACAGUUUUCAGAAUGGCAUCCCCUGACAUUUCCCAAGAGAUCCAGGACAAUGUUUUGAGCUGUCCUAUCUGUAACAACCAGUUGGUGGAACCCAAGGCCCUCCCCUGUCUGCAUACCUACUGCUGUAAGUGUCUACAGGAGCUGGCCAGGAGGGCUGAAAAUGGGCGGCGACGGCUCCAGUGCCCAGAGUGCAGAAAAACGGUGGUUAUCCCAGCACAAGGAGUGCAAGCCUUCCCCACCAACUACCUGGUUGCAAACGUCCUGGACAAGGUCCAACAGUGCAAAGAAGAGAAAAAGAAACAGGCUGAUGAGACGGACAUGUGUGACGUUCACAAACAGGAAGCCAGAGUGGUUUGUAACACCUGUAAUGUUGCCGUCUGCACUGCCUGCUUGAAAUCUGACCACAAAGAACAUGUUCUGAAGCACAUUGACCAAGAAAAAGCCAUCAAGGUGAAACAGGUGGAAAAGCUACUGAUUAAGAACACUAAGAAGUUUUCUGAAGAUCUCUCCCGCCGGCCUGUGAAACGAUGUUUGGAAGAGAAGCAUAAGGAGAUCAGAAGACAAAUUGAAUCCUGGACGGCAGUGGUUAUUCGGAGAGUCCAGGAUCAGGAAAAGAGUCUCCUAGACAAAAUCGACCAAAUAAAGGAAAGAAAACUUGAAGAGAUUAGCAGAAGAGAGAUGCAAGACGAUGAACUAAAACUGAAGAUGAGAGAAGCUGAGGCGGCCAUUAGUGGCAACAAACAAUUGCUGUACAAGGAUAUCUUGUCUCACUACUCCUGCCUCACAGAUACAAAAUUAGAAAGAGCGCUAGCAAACCAAUCUCCACUACUGGAAGAGGUGGAUAGCCUGAAGUUUGAGAAGAGCAAAGUGGACAUGAAUCAGCCGCUGUUGGGGCACAUCGUUGAAGAAAGUGACAGGCCCUCAGCCUCUGGAAGUAAACCCCCUGCAUUAAAACGCAGUAGUACUUCAGGAAACACCAACAAACCUGAUAAUGGGAAUGGGCCUUCUGGUGCUGGGUGUUCCAUUCAAGAGGAACGGAAAACUAGAAUCCCUCUAACCCUUUUUGAGAUGAUAGAAGAUGAUACUGUGAGCAUACCAGCCAGGAAGAGACAAAAGCAGAUGAACAGCCCUCGGAGAGCUCCAAGGAAAGUCUACCCUUCCACUGUAUCUUCCAGUAAGAGUCGGAGCAUCCAUAAAUCUCCAUCUCCAUCAACAAGCAGAUGCAGUCCUAGUAAUGCACCAAGACCAGGUGCAGCAUCUCAUCCAAGCAGCGAUUCUGAGGAUGAACCAAGAGUAGGUGUCAGUGUACUGAGGAUGAUUGAACCAGAGUUAGGUGAGGAGGGAGGUUGCAUAGAAGAGGAAUUUGAAUUCCUUGUAUCAGAACUGUCAGACUAA